GUCGUAUUAAAAAAGUAAAAGAGCAAAGAAAACUUAAAAGUAAAGAUAAAGAUAACUUACCAAUUGAUGAUGAUGCAUAUAAUUUGGAGGAUGAAGAAGUAGCAGAACAGUAUUUAGAAAGCUUAUUCAAAAUGCUCAAAAAUGGAUUUUAUUAUAAAAUAACCCAGUUUUUUGGACAAGUAAAUAACUUAAAUUCGAAUAAUGAUUUCAUGGAAGACCAGCAAUCAGAUUCAGAGAAUGAUUAUAAUUUUGAGCUUGAAGAAAAAUCAUUAAAGUGGAAGCAAAAACUUCAAGAAACUGGGAAAAGGAUACAAAGUUUAAUAGACACCACAGAAAUAUCAAAGACAGAUAAGAGGACUCAUUUAGAAUAUGUUGGGGUUUGGACUUUUGAUAAUGCCACCAAUCACACACUUAUAGCACCUAAUGUGUUAGUAGCUGCUAAAAUGAACUUAAAACCUGGUGGAUUGUAG